GAGCGAGAAAGAGAGAGAGAGAGAGGGCGAGCGAGAGAGAUCAGAGCUUUGCAUGAGCUCAGCACUCCGGCACUCAGCACUGCAAAGGCAAGCCAGCAAUACCGCACUUCGUACUAGUCUGUUUGCCACAAAAAAUGAGCACCAGAACACCUCGACUCACACAGAGGGCCAGUGUCACUGAGGACAAGGCUUGCUAACAGUGAAGGAGGAUAGUCCACAUCAAAAAGAAAAAGACUGGCGUACAGACACAGAGAGAGAAAAAAAACAAGGAGGUGCAGUCACUUCUUAGCACCAAGUACAGAGCUGCGGACUAUGAACAGAAGACGGGUGGAAGGAAUCGUUUCUCUUUAGAUUCAAUACUCCAGGAGGAGGACUCCUUUUUAAGGGAGAUAUAUAUUCGGAGAACUUGUAAAAGGUCGAGGAUCUAGUUUGAUAUUUACAGUUUUUUUGGGAUUGAUUGCGGACUUUUUGGCACAACUUUUGGAGAAAUUGGCUUGUUUUUUUUUGGUUUAUUUGGGUAGUGAAUAUUUAUGUGGAUCUUUCUGUGACUUUGGAAAAGAAAACGGAUUCUGAAUAUAUAUAUAUUGUGGAGGGGGAGAAGGACAGUGUGUGAUCCCCCAAAUUAAGAAUGGAGACUGUGAGUCGCUUCCACCCCCACCCGGGGUUGCAACAGACCCUAAAGCAGUUCCACCUGAGCUCAAUGAACUCGCUGGGGGGUCCGGCGCGAUGGGCUCAAGGCAUGUUGUACAAGAAGGAAGCGGCGGGGGGCAAGGAACUGACCGUGGACCCUCCCGUAUUACCUGCAGUGCCACUGCAGCCCCCACCACCUCCGGUGCUUCCCGGUGGACCUUUGUUUAUACCGUCCGAUCGCUCCACGGAGCGCUGUGAAACCGUGCUGGAAGGUGAGACUAUAUCCUGCUUUGCCGUGGGUGGUGAGAAACGGCUGUGCCUGCCGCAGAUCCUCAACUCGGUGUUGCGCGAUUUCUCGCUCCAGCAGAUCAACGGCGUGUGCGACGAGCUGCAUGUCUACUGCUCACGGUGCACGGCGGAGCAGCUGGAAAUUCUGAAGGUGAUGGGCAUCCUGCCCUUCUCUGCCCCCUCAUGCGGCCUCAUCACCCGGACAGACGCCGAGCGGCUCUGCAACGCGCUGCUCGGGGGUGGCAGCUACCCACCUCGCUGCAAGAAAGAACUGUUGCUGGCCGCUAGCAGCGGGAUUGGGGCAGCCCCGCCACCUUUGGAGUUAGAAGUUACAGAACUUAGUUUCCGUGUUUAUCACGAAUGCUUCGGUCGGGGCCGGGGCCUCUUCAUACCGGAAUUGUACACGUCUCCGGCCGCUGCCUGCAUACAGUGUUUGGACUGCAGGCUACUCUACCCACCGCACAAGUUCGUUUCACAUUUACACCGCUCACCGGAGAAUCGGACGUGUCACUGGGGCUUCGACUCGGCUAACUGGCGGUGCUAUGUGUUACUGAACCCCGAUUAUGAUGGGGAGGAGAAGGCGACCCUUGAGGUGCGGCUGGAGGAGAUGAAGGAGAAGUUCGACUAUGCCAACAAGUACAAGAGGAAAGCCCCAAAGGUGUCUCCUGAUCCUGUUCCUGACAAGAAAUCUAAAUUAGAGGAUUCCAGUUCUCUGUCACCAACUUUGGCCGAGAAGGAGAAGCAAACAAACUGGUUGAGGGCCUUGUCUAACUCAGCCAGCAAGGGCAUUGGUUGUAUCCAUCCACGACAACGUCCAUCGGCAUUCCGGCCAUGGUCUCCAGCCAUUACUGUGAAUGAGAAAGAGAUCAAUGCACAUCUCCACCCACUUAUUCGAGACAGCAGCUUCUACUCAUAUAAAAGUUUUGAGCAUGCUGUCGCACCAAAUGUUGCUUUGGCACCGCUUCCGAACCAGAAAGUGUUACAUCAUUCCCCAUCUACAUCUACUGCCACAAGUGAUGCUCCACGGCCUCGGAAGAGGAGACCAACGGAAGAGAAUCAAGGAGCUCCAGAAAUUCCUGUUACCUGUACUGUCUCUGCACCUCCGCAAGAAGACAAAGACACAGAUGGUGAAAUUGAGGUUGAAAACAGGGAAGAAUUCACAUCAUCACUUUCGUCCCUUUCGUCCCCAUCCUUCACUUCUUCCAGCUCUGCAAAGGAUGUGAGCUCACCAGGUGUGCAACCCUCGGCCUCAUCCAGCAGUGUGUCAGACGUGCCUGCAUCAGCAGAACCUUAUUGCAGCAGUGGGUUAGAGUCCGAACUUGAACACCUUAGGCAAGUCUUGGAUGGCGGUCUUGAUGGAAAGGAAGCCAAGGAAAAGUUUUUGCAUGAGGUUGUACGGAUGAGAGUCAAGCAGGAAGAGAAGCUCAGUGCAGCUUUACAAGCCAAGAGAAAUCUUCAGCAGGAGCUGGAAUUUUUGCGAGUAGCUAAGAAAGAGAAACUAAGAGAAGCAACAGAAGCAAAACGCAACUUACGGAAAGAGAUUGAGCGUCUCCGGGCAGAGAAUGAAAAGAAGAUGAAGGAGGCUAACGAAUCACGAAUACGACUAAAGCGAGAGUUAGAACAGGCAAGACAGAUUCGAGUGUGUGACAAAGGGUGUGAGGCAGGGAGACUGCGGGCCAAGUAUUCUGCUCAGAUUGAGGACCUGCAGAUGAAAUUGCAACAUGCAGAGGCUGACAGAGAGCAGUUGCGAGCUGACCUUUUGCAUGAACGUGAAGCUAGGGAACAUUUGGAAAAUGUUGUCAAGGAACUGCAAGUGCAGCAGCUGUGGCCAGUCCACAGCAAAUCCACAGCAAAAGACAGUGAAAAAUAAACAAAAAAGACAGAAAAAGACAGUGAAAAUAAAAGUUCUAUUAUCUAUACACAUACGGAGAUAUGUAAAUGCGCCAGUGUGUCUGCGUGAGUGAGUGCGUGCAUGAAUGAAUGUAGGUGUGCUUCCUUUGCACACACAAGUAAAUGUGGACCUGUUGAAAGUUGGAGGAAAAAUGUUACUAGACAACAGAAGCACUGAAUAAUAACCCUGUUUUCGACAUACAGCACAACAUCUUUACCGUGCCUAUAUGAUAACACACCAAGUGUUUGUAAGAUGACAAGAAAAUGACUUUUUAAUUUAAGCAACAAAACUGCUCCUUUUUUACUGGUCACUGUCAAGUGGGCGGUGUCUUCGGAACAAUAGAUUAAAAAAUUGGGCAAACAAGGAUGGACAGACAGUGCUUUUUAUUAUUAUUAUUAUAUAUAUAUUUUUAAUUUUCUUCUGCUUGCCACCGGAACACUUUGAAAACCUAAUUCUUCUUAUAAGCUAUUUAAGACAGGAAACAAGACUUUUGGGAUAAGGACAUUGCAUUACAGACAGAUUUUUUUUUCUUUUAUUGUUAUUUCUUAAAAAAUAUAUGUUGGUGCACAGUUUGUUUUGAGAACUUGGCUUGGGCGUUUGAAAAUGUCCAUUGGUGCUGGUCAGUUCAGCUGUUGGAUUAUUCAUUCUGUAUCGGAAAGUCAUCACUGGCAGCUUCUCCAGUUUGUCUCCAAUUGCAUCCUUGUAUUUAGUUUGUGAGACUCCAUGAUAAACCUUUUUUUUUCUGCUGUGUACAGAGUAAGGGAGGAGAGAGAGAAUUUAAACAAGAAGCUGCUUGGCCUUAAUAACUUCAGUGUUUUCAAAGAAUCAAACUGAAAAUCAUCAUGUAAAGACUUUGUAUCUAGCUGAGGUGUUCAACAAGCCCUUUUUACUACUGAGCACUUCAGUUCUGGCUAGGGAGGAAAGAGAACACAGGAGGCAGAAGGAGGAAAGAGAACACAGGAGGCAGAAGGAAUGAGAUGGCUUACAGACAGCUAAAUUACCUGUUAUUACUAAUGUGUAAAGACUUUGCAGAAAUAAGCAAAAAAAUGCAUAUAUAACUACCACUUUAUUCUUCAGACCUUGAAUUGUUGGUUUCCAGUCUUGUUUGUAACAUUUUGUUUUCCUGUACACAACAGUGUUUAUCUGCUUGUCCUGUUGAGUGCUUUAUUAGUAGGUUCACACACAAACCUUAAACUUUGUGCUGAGAGAGCCAUACCAGGAACAAGGGUUGGCUACAUCAUUAUUUUUCCAGGGCUUGUUUGUUGGGUGGUCGGUGGGUGGGGGUGAGGGCUGAGCAGUUUUUUAACAUGCACUUUGUCCGGAGUCUCUCAUGAUGCUGUUUCUUUACUAGCCUUGCAAACAGAAUGUCAGAUGUAAUCCUUUAUUGUACAGAUUACUGUUGUGACAUUUUUUGUUACUGUCGAAGCAUCAUCACCAUAAUUAUACCUCAGUACCUAUGAAGUACCAAAAAGGGUAGUUUUUAAAGGAGGUGGAUGUUCUCCAUUUCUUCUUUAUUCAUCAUCUGUAGCUAUGAACAGUGACUGUUCAUUUCAGCCUCACUGUUACUAUAUUAUAUAACUUGCAGAAACCCCUUCAGUUUCCUUGAUUAAGUUGAUGGUGAUAUGCUAGCUCUGGGUGAUAGGUGUUACCAUGAAAUAUUUAAUCUGCUUUAAGGAAUGCUUAUCUGCAGAAGGUAUACCCUUCCCCAUUCAAGCUUUUGGCAUAAAACAGUGACUCCUCAAAACUGAAAAGUUGUUUAUUGUUUUCAGGGAGGUAUUUAAAAAGAUUGCAGAGGCACUUGCCUGUAAGUAUGAAAUAAAACACUGCAUUUGCCAGUUACAGACAAGGAUUACUUGUUGUUUUAUGUGGGAGAAAUGCAAUUCAGACUGGAGUGACCAAAGCAUGCACAGACUAGAUCUUAUCUGUUUAUCUGUAUGUGAGGCAUAUAUGUAAUAAGAAAUGUCAUCGUAUGCAUUACACAUUUACUGUAGUUACUGCCAUUGAGGGACCUUGAAGCCAUUUGCAUUAAUUGACUGCAGUUAAUUUUGUUAAACCCGCACCCCUAAAAUCAGGGCAUGUUGCUUGAUUGAGUAGUUACCCUAAAUGUCCGUAUAGUCCUCGCGGGUCCAGUUUUACAUUUGUGACCCAGUGCCAAAGACUGAUAACAAGGAAAUGGAUGGCUAAUAUAAAAAAGAGGACAUUCUUGUUAGGGCAUAUGAUUAUAAUCCCUUGAACUUUUUAAUAUUAGCCAUUAAACAGCCAUAAUAUGUUAUGCCCUAUAUUUAUUUUUCUAUUAAAUGUAUGGCCCAGGAGCUUGCUAAAAGAAAACACCAUGUUAUUUACAGAAGUGACUUGCUGUGGUCGUAAACUGUCUCCAGAAACAUUAUUAUAUAGGCUUUUGCAUACAGAAUACAGAUAUUGUAUAAGCAUAUCCAUUUUUAAGUAUGGGUGAGAAUGUGUUUAAGUACACAUAUUCACAUGCAUAUUCAUGCAUAACACAUAAUACUGUAAUACUCUGGGGAAGUUAAUAUAUGUGCUUAAAACAGGUUUCUCGAAUGAAGACCAGUGAGGGUGUGUUGCCUGUUGAGGUAAAGCAGGGGAAGCAGACAUGAAAAAGUAAAAACUUCCCCUUUUUCAGGGGGAAAAUAAUCAAAACUUCCCCCUUUUUAAAGUGCAAUGCAAAAGAACAUAAAAUAUGUUUAUGCAGUUUUAUUUUUACUUAGAAUACUGUCUUCUUGCUUAGUUGUAUGUUUUUUCUGCAGGUAGUAGAUGCAUGGAAUUAAUUACAAGUUCUACCAUACAUAUAUACAUUCAUGGGCAUUAUUACUGUAUAUGUAACAAGUCUUUUAUUUUCAGUCUUGAAAUAUUCAUCAAACUGUAUUCUCAGCCUUAUGUUUUCCAUAACUGUGCUCAUUUAUAAAGCAGAUAUUCGAAGGAAAUGCUAUUCGAGUAGUUGUAUUUGAGCAGGAGUGAAAGAGAACAGGCAUUCAUUAGGCUGGCAUUGAACUUUCCAAGAGCACUGUAAUGGAACUGAAGACACAGCACUGCUUUUCUUAUCUGAUUAAUGUUAGCCUGUCAUAAAGUACCAUUUUCCAUGCAUUGGUGUAGCCAAAAGGGGACCUGUACUUUGUUUGGUUACAAUAUCAGCAAUGUAGUCCCUGUUUUUCCUCAUGAGACUGACAGGCUUUAACUAAUGUUUUAUUUUGGCUUGAGGAUAUACCUGCCAUUUGGCAUCUAAUGAGUACAACAGUGGUAAUCAGUGGGCUUAUGGUAGUGUUUUAUAAUAUUUUUUUAUAUUCCUUUCUGUACGUUGGCAGUGUAAGACAGAAUAGUAGAAUUGCUAAUGGUAUUUCUGUAAUUAGUAGUCCAGGGUAUGAUCUGCCAUCAAACUUCCCUGGUGCUGAAAUUUCACAGGCUACUUUCUGUGGUGGAACUUAUCUGGCAACCAAAGAAUAAUAGUUGACAAAAAAGUUUUUAUUCAAAUUCAGCCCUAGUGUAUCAUAUAUGUAAGUGGAGUGAAGAAGUAAGUUUGUUUUGUUUCGUUAAUUUGCUUGUUUUGCUUUGUGUGGUCAGUGGCAGUGUUCGUAGUCUGUUUUGUCUUACAGGUCAUGCUGGUUUAGUGUCAGUCCUGUACCUGUAGCCUGAGUUAGUAUUCAUUCGUAAGCCACCAUUUCACUGAGUACAGUAUCAUUUCUCUGUGUUUGCCAAUAAUGGCAUUAGAACACAGCACGGUUGUCCUACCACAUAACCAUCUCUGUACUCCAUGGUCAUCCAAUGUGGCUAGCAUUAUGCUGUGAAUGAUUGAUAAAGAGGCUGUUUCUUUCACUUUUAUAUACUGUUGUGAUUUUUAUUUCCAUGCAGGUGGAUUGGCAGAUGUCUGUCUGUAAGUGGCUCUACCUGUGUUUUAAAACAUGUCCAUCUUGACAUUUCCCAAAAAGCUACAGUUUGGACUAUCAUACUUGCGAUAUUAUGGCAUUCAUGUCAGUGGGUUUGCUUAUCCCAGUAUCUAAGAGAUGCAGUUUUGGUUUUCACUUCCGCUAACAUUCAUAUUGAGAAUUGAUGUUUAGAACUGUACUGACGUUUGGUUGCAUGGCGUAAUUACCAUUUAUGUUUUGACGGAGAAGGAUAGCAAGUAAAUAUACCUUCAAAGUACUCUGUUUAAAUUGAAACUUUGUCUCUAAAAGUUGACUGUUGGACAUAGGGGGUGGGGAGGGUGGCCUAAUGGUUAAAGUGUUUGUCUUACAAACACAAGGUGCGGGGCUUUAAUCUCACAAGGGAUAAUUAGCUAGGCUUGCAAGGGCAGUUAGCUUAGUACUAAUCUAUGAACUUAUAAAAAUAUCUAUGAACCUGUAGCUUUACCAUUCAUCUUCCCCUUCUUUGCCAUAAAAGAUAGUUGCUGCCCCCUUAAAAGGGAACAGAACAAACAGGAGAUUCUGCUGUCUGCUAACGUGGGAACAUGGGUCCAGGCAUUUUGAGAUGUGUUUCUGUUGUAUUAUUUUGAAGUAAAUAUUGACACACACCAGAAACAAGUAUAUUAUUACAGAGAUUCUGUGGUUUAUGUUUCCUCCUAUUUUUUAAUUUAGUGAAAUUAAUUUAAACUGUUUCAUCCCUGCCUGGUUCCCUGUAUAGCAGAAGUUUAAAAGCCUUUUGAGGUGAUAAGAGUACUGUAAGAUGAAAUCUAGAUGCUGGAAAACUGAAUGGGCUUUUAACCCAUUUUGCCAACAGUGUCACUGUUUUGCAAUUGUUACCAUCUCCUGUUAUGUACAUGCAUAUAAAAAAUUUAUGGCAAAAAUCCUGCACUGCUUUCUUGUAGUGACAUUGUCAGGUUUGUCCAAAGUGCAGGUACUGUUAGCUAGGAGACUGAAAUGUGCUGCAUGGCCUUUGCUCAUAUGCAAGGCAUAUCCUUCAGCCUGUGCAUCCUACAGAAUUCUGACUGUGUAUGUAAUUACUGACUUCUGUGUUUUUCACCUGAGGUGCAAGUAAAGUAUACUUAGUCAUGAGUUGCAGCAUUACAUUUCUCAUUAUAUUUGUGUUGCUGCCAUGAGAAUGUGAGACUGUUUUCAUUACCUGCAAGUCUUUCUGUCUUGUCUCAUGGUUGCUCAGCACCAUUAUAGCCCCUGCACAACAACAUGGAGGAAAGUCAGUAAAAGCCUGCAGUUGGCACAUACAGUUUUUGCUUUCUUAUUGGCAGGCACAGAUUCUCCAGCCAUGGUUUUAAGUUGUGUCUUUAUGGAGUUCAUAACUCGGAGCUCUCUCAAAUAAAUAGCGGUAGUUUUCUCCUCGUUUACCUGGAAGAUGGCAUUAUGAAGUACUUUUUGUCUUCCUCCACUUGGAUGAGCUACUCUUCCUGUAGAUCAUUUUUCUGAAAUCCCAAACAAAUUGUCUUUCGGUAGAACUGUAAAAUGCAUGUCUACUUUGCCGUGGUGUAAACAGGGAAUAAUAAUUCUACAUUUUGUAAAUAUAAAUUCAUCCAUUAAUAUUUACAGAUUUUCCUUUGUCAUUCAUGUACGAAUGUGUUCUUUUGCCCAUUAUUUGAUUAGAUUGAAUUCAGACAUCAGUGUCAGGACACGUAACACUGCCUAGCUAGGGAGUGCACUUCAGAAGAUGGACUCGGCGCUUCUUUUUGGAGAUGGGUGAUUGAGCUCCUAAAAUACUUCCGCAGACUAGCCACAGAACGUCAUGCAGUGGGAAGGUAGCUGCUAGUUCCUAGUUACACCUAGGGGGAAACAGUGUAAGUUACAGGUGUUGGAGUGGGAAAGAAGGUUAAGGAUGUAGACAAAAAAGCGAAACGCAGGAGGUGUCUUGUGAAAAUGCAACGCUUGCUGAAUUUUGCAGGUCUUAAAUUUAUCACCUCAGUUUUUGAAAGAGCAAGUGCAUUGUGUCUUGAAACAGUUCCACCUAAUAAGUGUGUCAACAGCAUUAUAUGGAGAACGGGCCUGUUUCCUUAAAGGUUGUGUUACAGUUGUCAUGCCUCAGCUCACAAAUACAACUCUCGUUUGUGUUUCCUUUAAAGAAGUGAAAGGGAGAAGAGGUGAUUUUGUUUUUUAGGCUGCUAACUCUCCCUAUAAUCAGAAAUAUAUAACAUAGAUAACUGUAUAUUCAAUUUAUAUACUCAGUUUCUGUAUCAGAGAGAGUAAAAUCCUUUUUUCCAUGAAUGAAAAAAGAGCAAUAACAUUCAUAUUUGUUGAGCAGCAAGCAUAAAUAUAAUUCUGCUUUUCUGACAUGAUUAGCCAAUGUAAAAAGAAAGAGAGAAAAGAAAUGAACAUGUAAAUACUUUUGGGUUUCCAUUGUAUGCUCUUGUAUUAUAAAUGUAUGGGUGUUUAAUUUCCCCCAUUCCCUUAUUACGUGGUAGUUGUCUUGUUUUUUUUUUUUUUUUCUUGAGUUGUGUUUUUAGCAAAGAAACAAAUCCUUUGCAGUGUAUUCAAAAUAUAUGACAUGUUUUGAUAGUUAUUGUGGGUAUCCUUAUUCCAUCAUUUACAUUUUUUAAGCAUUUUUUUUCAUUUGUAAAAUAUUUUAUUACACAUUUUUUUCAUCAGUCCGCAAAUUUUAGGGGGAUUGUAUUUUUUUUUACAUGAAUCUUCAUGUGAAUGACAUUUUUUAUUGAAUGAGGUUAUAAACAUUUAUAAUAGCCAAUAGCAUUUCAGCACACUUUAUCUUUUCCCUCCUAUGCUGCUGCUAAUGAUGAUAUAUUACUUUUACUAUCCUAGGACUAUUUUUAUGUAAUAAAUAAAUGUUUGCUUUCUUGUUUAUAAAUGCCUGUUUUAAAAGGAAGAAAAAAAUGAGAAAAAAGCUUGGCUUAUUUAUCUAUUCAGCUGUGUACCGUACUUCCUCUUGUACCAUCCCUUUUUUCCACAUCCAUCUUACCCCAUCCCUGACACAGAUAAUAUUGUAAAAUAAAGGACUUUAUGAGAUUAUGUAUGAAAAAAAUAGCUAUGCUUAUAUAGCACAGUGACUGAAUGUACAGUGUAUAGAUGCAUUACCUAAAAUAAAAAAAUGUUUGUCCAUAAA